AAGGAUGGAGGUGUGAUGGACUGUACGAAGGCGGCCUGGGCGCUGAACCGUGCUACGCACGCCACGAAGAUGAAAGUUCCGUUGGAGCAGAAGAUGGGUUUCGUUCAUAUUGGUGUGUAGUUCUAUGUACGUCGUAUUGCUAUCGCCUGGUACACAUUUACAAGUUGUUGAUCUGCGAUGGCUCGUCCAUCGAACAUACCGUGACGAUUUAGUACUACGAGCACCAUUCAUGAAGCAGAUAGACUCAUGAUAACUAACGUGACGUACUAUGGGGACGAUCCAAGAUUUUGGAGGUGUUUUCAUUGUAAUGUGCUGGUCGAAAAGACAGCUCUCCAUAUACCCUACACCCAUACCCGAACUCAUUCUACUCGACACCCCGUCAGCAUGAGAGAAGCGAAUCGGAAUGGUGUGGUGGGGGAUCACGGGUUAUUAUACCGGCGUCCACUCCAAAGCGCAAGGUAUCAUAGACCGGUGGAUCUCUGUUGAAGAGAAGGUGGAAACUCGCAUAAAAUCCUUCCGUGAUCCUACAGAGCCCUUAAAUCCCGGACUGCUCUAUACCGGAAUUUCUGCCCUAACGAUGUCGGUCCUCACUCGCUCGCGCGGACUCCCUACACGUAUCCUUCUCCCCCCCACAGCCCUAAUCGGCGCAUUCGCAUAUUUCCUUCCCGGUACCGCUUCUCGGGUCGGUGCGUAUGGCAGGGAGCUCGAAGAUCGGUAUGUUCCUCGCUUUGGAGAAAUUAGAAGAACCUCUAUUGCACACAGCGGCAUAGCCUGGGAGCGCGCAAAAGAAAGUGCUGCUGUUGGACGAGACUCGGUUAAUAAAGGUGUGAAGAGUAUUGUGGAGAGCAUUGAACAAGGGACGGGGCUUAACCUAAAAGCUAUGGGAUGGGCACAGGAAGUGAAGAAGGAGGCGCAGAGUGUUGUUGAUGUGAUUCAAAAGGAUACCAAGGAGGUCAUCGAAAGCAAGAGCCCGAGUAGCGACUCAGAAGACUCCAAGCGAUUGGUAUAGAGUGCGAGUGUCGUAUCACUUAGAGACUAUAACGUUCUGUGACGCUGAGAUAUCAUAUGUGAUGCUCCCAUCUUCAAAAAGUGUUAUGAGAUGACCAACGGGACCAAGU